AAACAUAAUUAUGAAAAAAGGUUAUACGUUCGAAAUAACAAAGCAUACGCUACAUUUUCAUGAAAAUGCAUCGAUUUAUGGUUUGUCAUCGACUGACAACCAUCUUCUGACGGCCGGUUCUGAUUGUACAGUACGGUGCUGGCAUAUUGUCUUGAAACAAAAAAAAACAAGAAUAUUCUGUGUUAUCCAGAUAAUAGCAGUGUGAGCUUCGUAUAUUGUUGCACACUGACAUUGCCGAAUAGUGUCAACAUAAUACGCUCGCACGGCAGAUAUGUGGCGGCCGGAACUACAAUGGGAGAGGUAUACAUCUUCAAAGAAAAAGGAUGUACAUUUGAAGAAUGUGCUAUACGAGGUGGCGAUGGCGACAGCUGCAAUGAAAUUGUUUUCGUUAGACGGGAAGUGGUGGUAUUUGCUUUCGAAAGUGGCAGGCUAAUGAUGUACGAAAUAAUUGAGAACAACGAGCAAGGAGAUAAGCAAGAGGAGGAAAAGGCAGUUGGUGAAAGUUUAGGUAAGAAUGGCAUUGAUGGAGAAAAAAUGGACAAGGAUGCUCAAAAUCAUCACAGUUCUGAUGUAAGAACACAAAAUAAUAGUCAAAUGGUAGAAAAUGGUUCUAAAACUGUUGCGAAAAAGAAGAUUAAGCCCUUGAGAGUCGCAAAACUACUUUCGUAUAAACUACUCAAUGUUAUAAAACCACAUUCUCUCUCCAUACAAGGUCUGGCUUACAAUGCCAAGUAUAACAUUCUCAGCACGUUCUCUAAGGAUAAAACAAUGAAAAUUUUUUAUAUCACAAACAAAAUGACACUUCUGGGAAAGCUUAGCAACGCAUUCGCUGAUGAACAAGAAAUGAUUCUGUUCAGGAGAUAUAAAUUUUCACAUGACAAUGAAUUUCUGUAUGUUGGUGGAUGUAUUGGCAAUUAUCUGCACAUUUUACAUUUUCCGUUCUGUGGAACGUGUCUUUUGGGCAAAAUUGGCCCGUUUGAAGCACAUGUGAGUGUAAUUUAUGAAUACGGUAAGAAAGAAUGCUCUGAGUUGUCUGAAAAAAGAGCCUUGGAAUCUAAAAAUGCGAAACAGGUUAGGGAGCGAUGGAAAAAAAUUAUAAUCGAUAGUUGCACCGGGGCGGGAGAGGCAGAUUUUGAACACUCGAAUUUAGAUCCAAUAAAAGAAGAAAUGUGUACUUUGAUCAGCAAUAUAAGCGCAAGGUUGGGUUUGAGUAGUGUAUUUGAAAAGGAAAAUGUUCUUAAUGGAUUACCAUUAAAAGAAGUACUUUGUGACAAGUCACAGUCAAAUGAUCCGGUUUUUAGUAGCGGAAAAUUUAAAAAUUCAAGUCGAAACGCAAAGGAGGGAGGGCACGCUUUAAACAGUGAUAAAAUAAAUGACAAACCGUUGAAGUAUGAACUGAACGUAGAAAAAAGUGGUUUGUGCUACAAAAAUCGUGAUGAAGCACAACAAUUAGAUUCUGAAGUGACAAAUAAUGCUAUGAUGGAUGAAAAAAAAGAUGAAAAUGAUAUAAAUGAUUCAUUCAAUAUGGACGAUUAUAGCUUUACAAUAUCUAAUACAGAUAAUAUGGUAUUUUUUGCGGUGAAAAACCAUUUAUAUUGCAUGAAUCGAACUGGUAUCGUGUGUAAAAUGGAGAAUGUAUGUUAUAAAGGUAUAACUGAUAUAAUGGUGCAUAAAAAUGUGGUGUUUAUUAGUAGCGUUGAUGGAUUGCUCAGCUCUGUUAGAUUUCUAGAUUAAAAUUCUGGCUCACCGUGCAAUUAGAACGUAUGAAAAUGUAAAUAUGUUUUGAAAAAUGAGCAGAUGCUCAUAGAAUCAGCUAAUUUUUCUGGUAUACUUGCAUUAUAUCCGCUAGCGUUUAGCAAAUGAUGAGUGUUCAG